AUGACGCCCACCGACACCAUCGCGCACCAGCCGAAAGGUGUCGACACCACGGGCCCUGAAAAUGGGACUGGCGUGCCGACGCUCGUGGCGUCGCAUGAGGCGAAUCCGGUGUUGGAACGGGAUGCGGCGACCAAGGGCUCGUGGAUGGCGUACGUGAAGACGAAGCAGUUCUGGAUAGCCAUGGUGUUGGGGCAGACGCUGGCGAUUUGCAUCACCUCGACCAACACGCUCUCGCAACUCCUCAGCAACGAAGGCACCAGCAUCCCCGCCUUCCAGUCCCUCUUUAACUACAUCCUCCUCAACAUCGUCUACACGGGGUACACGCUGUACAAGCUCGGACUCAAGGGCUGGGCCAAGAUGGUGGUAAAGGACGGCUGGCGCUUCUUCAUCCUCGCCUUCAUCGACGUCCUCGGAAACUACUUUAUCGUUCUCGCCUAUCGCUACACCACCAUCCUCUCCGCACAGCUCAUCAACUUCUGGGCCAUCGUCGUCGUCGUCAUCCUGUCUUUCUUGUUCCUCAAGGUGCGCUACCGCUGGACGCAGAUCGCAGGCAUCUUGCUCUGCGUCGGCGGCGUGGGUGUGCUGUUUGGCUCGGACCACAUCACAGGGUUCAACCAGUACGACGCGCUGGACGCCGUCAAGGGCGAUUUGUUCGCGCUGCUGGGCGCCUCGCUCUACGGCGUGUCCAACACGUUCGAGGAGUUUCUGGUCUCCGAGGAGCCGCUGUACGUCGUCAUCGGGCAGCUCGGUUUCUGGGGCAUGUUCAUCAACGGCACCGUCGCGGGCAUUUUCGACCGCAGCUCGUUCCGCGCCGCCGUGUGGAAUGCCGACGUCGGCGGCUACCUCACUGGGUACACGCUCAUCCUCAGCCUGUUUUACUCCCUCGCGCCCAUCCUGUUCCGCCUCACCUCGGCCGCUUUCUUUAAUAUCUCGCUCCUCACGGGCAAUUUCUGGGGUGUCGCCAUUGGUGUCAAGGUCUUUCAUUACCACAUCCACUGGAUGUAUCCGAUUGCGUUUGUGCUUAUCCUCGUGGGGCAAAUUAUUUACUUCUUGAGGCAGGGCAGCUUGGCGGAGCAGAAGAAGCCGUGGCUGGGCGAGGCGCAGGAUAAGGGCGUCAGCGGCAUCGGCACGGCGAAGAGGCGCGUGGAGAAUCCGGAUGCGAUUGUGUAG